AAAGUUAAAAGAAAUUUGGUUUGAUUUUCAAUAUUAUGAAGGAAAAGUCCCACUUAAAUCUAACAAGUUUGUUGGUCUACGAUUCUCAGCUACGAAAUCUCCGAGAAUCUUGAUCUUUCCGAAGCCCUUCUAAAUCUCUCCAUAUAUUCGAGAAAUUACUCUACGAGGCAGGAACAUCGUAUGAUCGUGUGUUUAUCUAAUGAGAUUAUCUCAUUUUUCUAUUAUUUUAUUGUUUUUAGUUUCAUGUAUUCCUUAGACCCUGCUAUUGAUUAGGCACACCGCUAACAUGAAAUUACAGGCACACCAUAUAUUCUUCAUUCACUCACUAUCUAUAAGCACACACGUGUAUAUAUAUUAUCAGUAGUAGUAGCAUUCAAAACCAAAACUCCAUAUAAUAUUCUUCUCCAUUCUCUCUCUCUCUCUCUCUCUCUCUCUCCCCAGAUCUAUCUCAUGGCGGCUCUCUCCUGCUCUGCUGCCAAUCUAACCCAACUCUUAGGUGGCGCCACCAAUGCCACCGCGGCUGCCGAGUUCAUUUGCAGCCAAUUCGACACAGUUUCAAACAAGUUCAUCGACACAGCCUUCGCAGUCGACACCACGUACCUCCUCUUCUCAGCGUACCUGGUAUUCUCAAUGCAACUCGGCUUUGCCAUGCUAUGCGCAGGCUCGGUCCGCGCCAAAAACACGAUGAACAUCAUGCUCACCAACGUCCUUGACGCAGCCACUGGUGGCCUCUUCUACUACCUUUUCGGCUUCGCCUUAGCCUUUGGUGCCCCUUCCAACGGCUUCAUCGGCAAACAUUUGUUCGGCCUCAACAAUUUUCCUACUCCUUCCUUCGACUACAGUUACUUCCUCUAUCAAUGGUGUUUUGCCAUCGCUGCUGCAGGAAUCACCAGCGGCUCGAUCGCCGAGCGAACCCAGUUUGUGGCAUACUUGAUAUACUCAUCUUUCUUGACAGGUUUUGUAUAUCCAGUUGUAUCUCAUUGGUUCUGGUCCAGUGAUGGUUGGGCCAGCCCUGCACGACCUAAUACCCUCCUGUUUGGAUCUGGGGUUAUCGAUUUUGCAGGGUCCGGUGUUGUUCACAUGGUCGGAGGCAUUGCUGGGUUGUGGGGUGCACUCAUUGAAGGCCCUCGUAUAGGCCGGUUCGAUCAUUCUGGCAAGCCAGUCCCUCUGCGUGGGCAUAGUGGGACAUUGGUUGUUUUAGGCACCUUCUUGUUAUGGUUUGGCUGGUAUGGAUUCAACGCAGGUUCAUUUCUCAACAUAUUGAAGUCAUAUGGAGGAGAGAGUGGUUCGUAUUACGGUCAGUGGAGCGCAGUCGGAAGAACCGCCGUCACCACAACGCUCUCUGGAUGCAUGGCUGCACUCACUACUCUCUUUGGAAAACGGUUGCUGGUCGGCCAUUGGAACCUAAUUGAUGUCUGCAAUGGUUUGCUAGGUGGGUUUGCUGCCAUCACUGCCGGUUGCGCGGUUGUGGACCCGUGGGCAGCCAUCAUUUGUGGAUUUGUGGCCGCUUGGGUACUCAUUGGAUGUAACAAGCUUGCUGAGAAACUACAGUACGAUGAUCCAUUGGAAGCGGCACAGCUUCACGCAGGGUGUGGAGCGUGGGGGAUAAUUUUCACUGCAUUGUUUGCCAAGAAGGAGUAUGUGAAUGAGAUUUACUCCGGCAGACCGGGGAGGCCUUACGGGCUGCUUAUGGGUGGUGGUGGUAAGCUUCUGGCGGCACAUGUGGUUCAGAUUGUAGUGAUUGCAGGGUGGGUGAGUGUUACCAUGGGGACAUUAUUCUUGGUGCUACACAAGUUGAAGCUGUUGAGGAUAUCAAAUGACGAUGAGAUGGCGGGGAUGGAUCUGACCAGCCAUGGUGGAUAUGCAUAUCACGGUGAUAAUGAUGAUGAUAACCUGAAAAAGGGGUUCAUGAUGUCAACAAUGGAGCGCACCGGUGCAGGCACAACUCCAUGUUAUCAAAUGGCUGUUUAAUUUGAUCAACUUAGA